GACUUCCGCAUUGCUCCACUAGACCUUGACAACUGACAAGUACAUAACCCCGCCCAAGUUCCCAACUCUAGCUUUUCAAACGAACCGAUUGAAGUUGCUAGAAAAGUGCUUCGCUCUUCUCAAACCGCCAUACUUUCAAAAUUCAACAAGUUUAUCCCCUCCAAACAACAAAAACCUUCAAUUCGGCGUCUUCCUCAUUUCAUCAAUUACACAAAAAAAAUAAUGGCAUCCUCCUAUAAUCCUGAAGACGAAGCAAACGACUAUGAAGAAACCCAAUUCACAGACCCCCAACUUUCUCUCUCCUCCUCCUCGGAAACCUACAUGGUGGGUUUCGUCAUUGUUAACAUCGUCGGCCUUCAGUACUACACUGGCCGAAUUAGCGGCCGAGAAAUGGUGGGUUUAGUCCGGGAACCCUUGAAUGUCUACGACGAAAACGCCAUUAGGGUGCUCAACACUCGUGGGACCCAGGUGGGUCACAUUGAACGAGGCGCCGCGAAAGUUCUUGCGCCAUUGAUGGAUACCCAGUUGAUUAUUGUUGAAGGUAUUGUUCCUAACACUCCUUAUAAGGGCCCUAAGUUUAAAAUUGUAGUUCAACUUCAUAUUUUUGCUAGAAUUGAGGCUUUCCCAGAUGUUAAAUCCGCCAUUUUUGGAGGUGGGUUGCAGUUAAUUGCUGGGGAUACUGCGAGUUUCGCGCUUUCGGAGUCGGAGGUGGUGAAGGAGAAGAGGAAUAAUAAGGAUGUUAAGAGUGUGGAUGAGAUUUUCAAGUUGGUGGAUGAGAGUGUGGUGAGAAAAGAGGGUUUUGUUGAGAAAUUGGAGCCACCCAAAGAUGUUAUUUUAUCUGAGUUGUUUGAUCAUCAGAAAGAAGGGCUUGGGUGGUUGGUUGGGAGGGAGAAUUCUGAGGAAUUGCCCCCUUUUUGGGAGGAGAAAGAUGGGGUGUUUGUCAAUGUGUUGACAAAUUUUCAGACGAACACGAGACCUGACCCGAUUAGGGGUGGGAUUUUCGCUGAUGAUAUGGGGUUAGGGAAGACCUUAACUUUACUUUCUUUGAUUGCUUAUGAUAAACAAUGUUCUGGUAGUACAGAAAAAGCUAGUGACAAUUGUAGGGAUGGGGAGAAUGUUGAUGAUUCUGGUGGUAGAAAGUCUAAGGGAGGUAAAAAGGGGAAAAAGGUUAGUGCUAAUACUUCUAGGAAGAAGAGGAAAGUUGUUUCAAGUGAUGUGGGGAACUUGGUAUCAUCAAAUACAACUCUAGUUGUGUGUACACUCUCUGUAUUUUCAGUUUGGGUAAACCAGCUGAUUGAUCACACUUACCCUAACUCAUUGAGAUUGUAUGUGUUCCAUGGAAAGGAGAGGAUACGUGAUGUGGAGAAGCUUAUGAAGUAUGAUAUAGUGCUUACAUCAUACAAUAUUUUGUCUGUUGAGGAGAGCCAAUCUGAGUCACCGAUGAACAAGAUGGAGUGGAGGCGAAUUAUCUUAGACGAGGGACAUAUGAUUAAGAAUGCUAAUGCAAAGCUGAGUCGUGCAGUCACAGCUUUAAAUAGUAAAAGAAGAUGGGUUGUGACAGGAACACCCAUACAGAACACCUCCUAUGAUCUAUUUUCACUUAUGGCCUUCUUGAAAUUCGAUCCUUUCUCUAGUAAAGGCUAUUGGAAUAGACUUGUGCAACGGCCAUUAGCUCAGGGAGAUCAAAAAGGUCUUGAGCGUCUUCAGGUCUUAAUGGCAACUGUCUCAUUGAGAAGAACAAAAGAGCAAAAUUUGAUCCAGUUGCCACCAAAAUCAGUACACACUUAUCAUGUGGAUCUUUUGCAUGAAGAAAGGGUACUGUAUGACCGCAUGGAAGAAGAAGCCAAACAGGUUGUGAAGAAGUACAUCAAUGAUGGGAGUGUGACACACAACUUUUCCACUGUCCUUAGCAUUAUAUUGAGGCUUCGCCAAAUCUGUACUGAUGUCGCAUUGUGCCCACAUGAUAUUAAAUCCUUGCUCCCUCCUGACAAUGUUCAAGAUGUGUCUAAUAAUCCUGAACUGUUGGAGAAGUUGGUGUCAUUGCUGCAAGACGCUGAAGACUUUGACUGUCCGAUUUGCAUCUGUCCACCAACUGAUGUUGUAAUUACGUGUUGUGCGCACAUAUUUUGCCGUGCCUGCAUCAUUAAAACCCUGAAGCAGACCAAAGCUAACUGUCCAAUGUGCCGCCAUCCUCUGUCAGAGUCCCAGCUUUACACGGCCCCACCCUCAGCGGAGUCGUCAGAUAACAGCAAUACAUCCUCUUCUUCACCAAAAGUAUCUUCAAAAGUAUCACUUUUAUUGAAACUCCUCUCUGAAAAUGGAGGAGUUAAAUCUGUUGUGUUCUCACAAUUCCGCAAGAUGUUAUUGUUACUUGAAGGACCACUGAAAGCGGCUGGGAUUAAGACGCUGCGGUUGGACGGCACAAUGAGCCCUAAAAAGAGAGGUCUAGUGAUAGAGGAAUUUUCUGUUUAUGAAAAUGAUUCUCCUACUGUUUUGCUUGCUAGUCUCAAAGCUUCUGGUACAGGUAUUAAUCUUACAUCUGCUUCUGUGGUGUAUUUAUUUGAGCCAUGGUGGAAUCCAGCGACUGAGGAACAGGCUAUGGACCGUGUUCAUAGAAUUGGACAGAGAAAAGAUGUGAAGAUUAUAAGAAUUAUUGCUCGAAACACGAUUGAAGAGAGGGUGUUAGAAUUGCAGGAGAAAAAAAAGGAGCUAGCUAAAGGAGCUUUUGUAAGAAAAGGGUCAAAGGACAAGAAGGAAACUAGUGUAGGAGAUCUGUGUAGGCUUAUUUCUCUGACAGAUUGAUUUGCAUUUCAUGAAACUGCAAUCUGCGGACACACUUGUAUGAAAACCAAGCCCAUUAUGCAUGUUUUUGGGGCACUUUUGUGCAGAUCUUUUGUGUAAAUAUCUUAGUACUUGGGUUAUUCAGUAUGCAAAGUAGUAGAUGCAAACUAAGGGUUACAUGACUUAUAAGGUUCUUUAAUGUGCAUGGAAAUUACGCUUUAUUCUCGGAUUUCUCUUAGUCUCACAGCUUCAUUAUCUUUGACACUGUAAGUCUCUCUUACAAGUGCCUUUAAUGUAGAACUUUGUACUACAGAUUAAUUUUUAAAUUAAGGAAAUUUACUGAUA